AGUAUCGAGUAGUAUCGAGCGUGGAGUGGAAGCAUCACAGGGUUUAACGAAUUAACAAAAAAUUCAACAAUUAAACAACAUCAACAAAAUGGCUACCAGUGCGAGUGAACAUUCUUAAGACCAAUAUUUUUGGUUUCGUGUUUGAUUAAUUAUAAUUGAUUUCGUAGCACUUAGCGUUUGAAAUAUAUAUAUGCUGCCUGCCAGGCUGUGCUCGUCGCUUGUUGCAGUGUAAAAAAAAACAAGUUUCUGCCAAGUGUAAUUUGUACUCAACGCAGCUAAAUUUUGAUGGCCUGCAAUAAACACGCGUAGAACGAAACGAAUAUAUUUUGUUAAAUAUAUUUAUUGUAUUUAUAUGCAACUAUUUUGUGCGGAAAUGCAGUGUACGGCGGCCGAGUGCGACAGUUGCCGGCUUGUUGCGCCAAAUAUACCCAAAUAUCUCAGUUAGCCGAAGGCAAAGAACACGCCCCUCUCGCACACACCUCUGACACCCGCUCACCCACAACAACUAACUGUGGCACACAUCAGUUUAUUGACAAAAAAAAAAACAACUGCGUUUUUAAUUUAAAAUGUGUAUUUAAUAUUUGUGUUUGCGAAAAUUAGAAGCGGUCAGAGAAGGUUUAUUUGCCUUUAGGAUUUUUUAAGUCAAAUGCAAUUCCAGUUUUCGGGCCGGGGCGUGUAAAAUGACUCGUCGUGGGCCAUACACAAGCCAUCGUACUAAUAUUAAGCAUAAACAAUUGUGCCAAAGAACACAAAGAAGAACAAAAUAUGCCAUUAACUGUUGCAGUAAAAAUCGACCCAACAAUUAUUUGAUAAGCCUCUUACUUAUCAUUGGCUGUUGCAUCCCAAAUAGUUUCCAGUAUAAAAAUGUUCACGGAUCAGCGUCCUCAUCCCCGAUGGUGUCCACAUCGACGAUUGCACAACAACAGUUCAUAAACACGCCAGCGACGCUAUUGUUCACCACACGGCAUGACAUUCAGGUGGCCAACAUCACGAAGCCAACGGGUGGCCCACAGAUCGAUGUGCUUGUCAAGGAUCUGGCCGAGGCGAUGGCCAUUGACUUUUACCAUUCCAAGAAUCUGGUAUGCUGGACAGACUGCGGCCGUGAAAUCAUCGAAUGUGCUCAGAUGAAUUCAUCCCUGCCGCUGGCUAAGGCACCCAAGCAAACAAUCAUAUCAACGGGUCUCGAUAAGCCGGAAGGACUGGCUAUCGAUUGGUAUACGGACAAGAUAUACUGGACGGAUGGCGAAAAGAAUCGCAUUGAAGUGGCUACAAUGAACGGCCGCUAUCAGAAGGUGCUCUUCUGGACGGAAUUGGAUCAACCGCGUGCCAUUGCUGUGGUGCCCGCCAAGCGUCUGCUCAUCUGGACGGACUGGGGCGAGUAUCCGAAGAUUGAGCGCGCCGCCAUGGAUGGGGAUCCCCUAACACGAAUGACCCUUGUCAAGGAUAAUGUGUUCUGGCCAAAUGGAUUAGCGGUUGACCUGCAAAAUGAACUCAUCUACUGGACAGACGGAAAGUAUCGAUUCAUUGAUGUGAUGAAACUUGAUGGUAGCAAUCGACGCACCAUAGUUAACAAUUUGAAGUAUCCAUUUAGCUUAACCUACUUUGAUAAUCGCCUCUACUGGACAGACUGGUCGCGUGGCUCUCUCAAUGCUCUCGAUUUGCAGACCAAAGAGCUAAAGGAGUUAAUUGAUACGCCGAAGGCGCCAAAUUCAGUGCGCGCCUGGUCCGCUUCGCUGCAGCCAUAUGAAAAUAAUUCAUGUGCCCAGAAUAAUGGUAACUGUUCGCACCUUUGCCUACUGGCGACAAAUGCGCAAGGAUUUAGCUGUGCCUGUCCUACGGGCGUUAAACUCCUGACUGCCAAUAGUUGUGCGAAUGGUUCACAGGAAAUGCUCUUUAUCGUCCAAAGGACGCAGAUUAGUAAAAUUUCCCUGGAUUCGCCGGAUUACACGAUCUUUCCAUUGCCGCUGGGCAAAGUGAAAUAUGCGAUCGCAAUUGAUUAUGAUCCGGUAGAUGAGCAUAUCUACUGGUCCGAUGUGGAAGCGUAUACAAUUCGACGUUCACAUAUCGAUGGCAGCAGUAUUACGGAUUUUGUCACCUCAGAGGUGCGGCAUCCGGAUGGAUUGGCCUUGGAUUGGCUGGCACGUAAUCUCUAUUGGACGGACACGGUAACCGAUCGGAUUGAGGUCUGCCGUUUGGAUGGUACAGCGCGGAAAGUACUCAUCUACGAACAUCUGGAGGAGCCACGUGCCAUUGCUGUGGCUCCCUCGCUCGGCUGGAUGUUCUGGAGUGAUUGGAAUGAGCGCAAGCCAAAAGUGGAGCGUGCCUCCCUCGAUGGCUCCGAGCGUGUUGUACUUGUCUCCGAGAAUCUGGGUUGGCCCAAUGGCAUUGCCCUGGACAUUGAGCAGAAGACGAUCUAUUGGUGCGAUGGCAAAACGGACAAAAUCGAGGUGGCCAACAUGGAUGGCUCCGAUCGGCGUGUGGUGAUCAGUGAAAAUCUCAAGCAUCUGUUUGGCCUGAGCAUUCUGGAUGACUAUCUUUACUGGACAGAUUGGCAACGGCGCUCCAUUGAUCGGGCGCACAAAAUAACAGGGAAUAAUCGAAUUGUUGUCGUCGAUCAGUAUCCGGAUUUGAUGGGGCUGAAGGUAACUAGACUCCGUGAGGUGCGUGGCCAGAAUGCGUGCGCUGUCCGCAAUGGUGGCUGCUCUCACCUGUGCCUGAAUCGUCCGCGUGAUUACGUCUGCCGUUGUGCCAUCGAUUACGAGCUGUCGAAUGACAAACGCACCUGUGUGGUGCCAGCGGCAUUUUUACUGUUCUCACGGCAUGAGCACAUUGGACGCAUCUCGAUUGAAUACAAUGAGGGUAAUCACAAUGAUGAACGCAUACCCUUCAAAGACGUACGCGAUGCGCAUGCCUUGGACGUCUCUGUGGAGGAGCGUCGCAUCUAUUGGACGGAUCAGAAAAGCAAAUGCAUUUACCGUGCCUUUCUGAAUGGCUCCUAUGUGCAGCGCAUUGUUGACUCUGGUCUGAUUGGACCCGAUGGCAUUGCCGUCGAUUGGCUGGGGCACAACAUCUACUGGUCGGAUGCGGAAGCACGUCGCAUUGAGGUCGCCCGUCUCGAUGGUAGCAGUCGUCGGGUGCUACUAUGGAAAGGUGUGGAGGAGCCGCGUUCCCUUGUCCUGGAACCAGGACGUGGUUACAUGUACUGGACGGAAUCACCGUCCGAUUUGAUACGACGCGCCACCAUGGAUGGCAAUGACCUCCAAACAAUUAUUGCGGGUGCAAAUCAUGCGGCCGGUUUGACCUUUGACCAGGACACAAGGCGUUUGUAUUGGGCGACACAAUCGCGUCCAGCGAAAAUUGAAUGUGCCGACUGGGAUGGCAAACGGCGACAGAUUCUCGUCAACAGCGAUAUCGAUGAACCCUAUGCUGUCUCGCUGUAUCAAGACUAUAUCUAUUGGAGUGACUGGAACACCGGUGACAUUGAGCGUGUCCACAAAGUCACUGGGCAAAAUCGUAGCCUUGUCCACUCUGGCAUGACGUAUAUUACUUCGCUGCUCGUCUUCAACGACAAGCGACAGACAGGCGUUAAUCCCUGCAAGGUGAACAACGGCGGCUGCUCGCACUUGUGUCUCGCCCAGCCCCUGAGACGAGGCAUGAUCUGUGCAUGCCCCACCCACUAUCAGCUGGCCAAGGAUGGCGUCUCCUGCAUACCGCCGCGCAACUACAUCAUCUUCAGUCAGCGCAACAGUUUCGGCCGCUUGCUCCCCAAUUCCACAGACUGUCCCAAUGUGCCAUUGCCAGUGUCAGGCAAGAAUAUUCGAGCUGUGGACUAUGAUCCGAUUACGCAUCACAUUUACUGGAUCGAAGGACGCAGUCAUAGCAUUAAACGGUCUCUGGCCAACGGCACCAAGACCAGUGUGCUGGUGAACACAGGCCAACCAUUCGACAUUGCCAUUGACAUUAUUGGCCGCUUACUCUUCUGGACGUGCUCCUACUCGAACAGCAUCAACGUAACCAGUUUUCUGGGCGAAUCAAUUGGUGUAAUUGACACAGGAGACUCUGAAAAGCCGCGCAAUAUAGCUGUGCAUGCGAGCAAGCGUUUGAUCUUCUGGUCAGAUGUGGGCAGCCAUCAGGCCAUUAUUAGGGCGCGCGUCGAUGGCAAUGAGCGCAUGGAACUGGCCUAUAAGUUGGAGGGUGUUACAACGCUUGCUCUGGAUCAGCAGUCUGAUAUGAUAUACUAUGCACACGGCAAGCGGAUAGAUGCAAUGGACAUUAAUGGCAAAAACAUAAAAACGCUGGUGUCCAUGCAUAUUUCGCAGGUGAUAAACAUUGCGGCGUUGGGUGGUUUUGUCUACUGGCUGGAUGACAAAACCGGAGUGGAACGCAUCACGGUGACAGGAGAGCGUCGUUCGGCCGAGCUUCAGCGACUGCUGCAGAUCACGGACAUACGCGCUGUGUGGACACCGGAUGCGAAACUGCUGCGUAGUCACACUUGUUUGCAUAGUCGCACGAAAUGCUCACACAUUUGCAUAGCAAAUGGUGAUGAUGUUGGGCACUCACGUGAGAUUUGCUCUUGUCCCAAGCAUCUGAUGUUGCUUGAGGAUAGGGAAAAUUGUGGUGCGCUGCCUGCUUGCGGGCCGGAUCACUUUACGUGUGCGGCGCCCGUGGCUGGUAAUAGUGAUAUGAACAAGGAUUGUAUACCGGCGUCGUGGCGCUGUGACGGCCAAAAAGACUGCCCAGACAAAUCCGAUGAGGUUGGUUGUCCCUCCUGCCGUGCAGAUCAGUUCAGUUGCCAAUCUGGUGAAUGUAUUGACAAAGCUUUGGUUUGCGACGGCACAACAAAUUGUGCCAAUGGCCACGACGAAGCAGACUGCUGCAAGAGGCCGGGUGAAUUUCAGUGUCCCAUCAAUAAGCUUUGCAUUUCGACUGCGCUUCUUUGCGAUGGUUGGGAGAACUGCGCAGAUGGUGCCGACGAGUCUGCGGAUAUUUGUGUGCAGCGUCGUAUGGCGCCAGCGUCAGAUAAACGCAUCUUUAUGAUAUUGAUUGGUGCUACGAUGAUAAUCAUAUUCUCGAUUGUGUAUCUGCUGCAAUUCUGUCGCACCCGCAUUGGCAAGAGCCGCACAGAGCCAAAGGAUGACCAGGCAUCCGAUCCCCUGUCACCGUCGACACUCACCAAAUCGCAACGAGUCUCGAAAAUUGCCUCCGUAGCGGAUGCGGUGCGCAUGUCGACUCUCAAUUCGCGGAACAGUAUGAACUCGUAUGAUCGCAAUCAUAUAACCGGUGCAUCCAGCUCAACAACCAAUGGUAGCAGCAUGGUGGCAUAUCCGAUUAAUCCGCCGCCAUCGCCGGCAACGCGUUCGCGUCGUCCCUACAGACACUACAAGAUCAUUAAUCAACCGCCCCCGCCCACACCAUGCUCCACCGAUAUCUGUGACGAAUCGGACUCGAACUAUACUAGCAAAUCGAAUAGCAACAAUAGUAAUAAUGGUGGCACCACCAGCAAGUUGCCAUCCAGCUCGGCUGCUGUCUGUUUGCAAUUUGGCUAUGAUAGCGAACCGUAUCCGCCGCCACCAACACCUCGCUCCCAUUAUCACAGCGAUGUUCGUAUUGUGCCGGAGUCCUCAUGUCCGCCAUCACCAUCGUCACGAAGCUCAACGUACUUUUCACCGCUACCACCGCCACCUUCACCGGUGCAGUCGCCAAGCCGAGGAUUUACGUAACAUUUCGAGUUUUAUAUGUAAAAAAAAGGAACACAAUUCUGCACAUUCAACAUUAACGAAUGUCAUCAUAAUUCUUAGUUAUAUCUUAAUAUAUUCCUAAUCAUUUAUUAACUGUUUAUAUUUAUGUGUAUAUUUUAAAGUAAGACGAUUUUAAAGGACCGGAUCGUGUAAAUAUC